AUGGCUGCGCCGAUGGCCGCGGCGGACGGCGGGCUGAGGCGGCUGUUCGAGAAGCCGCUGCCGGAGAACCCGACGCUGCUGGAGGCGCUUUCGGCGUGGAACCGCAACGUCCACCACCACCACCACCCCAGCAACAAGCCCAUCGUCGACACGGCGUCCAUCACGGAGAUCUUCGGCGAGCUCCACUUCCAGGAGAAGCCGCAGCAGCCGGACCACCGAGGCGCCGCCGCCGUCCUCCUGCCGCCGCCGUCGCCGCCGCCGCCGCGGUCCCUCCUUCGCGCACGCCGUCGUGGCUGGACAUCGCGGCGGAGGCCGAGAAUAAGAGCAAGGACGACUCGUCGCUGGACGCGCUGCUGA